GGCAGGGGGACGCCGAGAGGAAGAGUGAGAGCUCGGUUACCGCCAGCGUUCUGUCAGCUGGGCUCGGGCCGCGGCGCGUCCCGUCAGAAGCGAUGAGCCUCGUGGCCUUCCUCCCCCGGGCUCUCCGCGGGGAUGGUCUCGCCCACGCUUCCCUUCCCGUGCGCUGGUUGGGCGGCGGCCGCGCGCUGCCCGGAAGUGCUGGUGCUGCCGCCGUUGGUGCCGUUGAUCCCUCUCCGUGUCCGUGUCCGUGUCCGUGUCCGUGUCGCCGCCGGAGCUCCGCCGACGCCCGAGCCAACAGCCAACAUGUCUAGCAAAAGGGCAAAGACGAAGACGACCAAGAAGCGCCCUCAGCGCGCCACUUCCAAUGUAUUUGCGAUGUUUGAUCAGUCGCAGAUACAGGAAUUCAAGGAGGCCUUCAACAUGAUUGAUCAGAACAGGGAUGGCUUCAUUGACAAGGAGGACCUGCAUGACAUGCUUGCCUCCCUUGGAAAGAAUCCCACGGAUGAAUACCUGGAUGCCAUGAUGAACGAGGCCCCAGGACCCAUAAAUUUCACAAUGUUCCUCACAAUGUUUGGUGAGAAGUUAAAUGGCACUGAUCCAGAAGAUGUAAUUAGGAAUGCUUUUGCUUGCUUUGACGAGGAAGCAACAGGGUUUAUUCAAGAGGACUACCUGCGAGAACUGCUGACGACAAUGGGAGACAGGUUCACAGACGAGGAGGUAGAUGAGCUCUACAGAGAGGCACCGAUCGACAAGAAGGGGAAUUUCAACUACAUUGAGUUCACACGCAUCCUUAAACACGGAGCAAAAGACAAGGAUGACUGAGCAAAUCCCUGGAUGCCUGCAGAUUAUUUCUACUUCACACUUACGUUUAUUUUUGAGGGUUUUUGAGGGUAGAAGUUGUUGCAUGCAUUUAGCUUUACAGCUUUUGCCUUUCUUUAUGUAUUUAUCUAUUCCAGGCCAUUUAGGCACAUCUGCACCUGUGUAAUCAGACUGGAAGUGGGGAACAUAUUGAGGAAAAGCAUAUGGGGACAAAGAUCAGUGGACUUUAAAGUCCAUGAAAAUAAUCUCAAUGUUUCUGGUUUAGCUGGAUUUUUACACUUUUUGUAACAAAUGCCAUUUUGAAAUAAAGUUUGCUAUAUAGA